AUGAAUCCUAAGGUUGGUAAUGGUGCUGUCACUUACCCUUCAAAGGGAGAGUCCUCAAACAAUCCAAGAAAAGAAAAGGGAAAAGAAGUAGAUGAUGAAGAAAAAGAGCUAACUAUUGAGGAUCUUGAGACAAGGAUAUGGAGAGAUAAAAUGCUUUUAAGGAAGAUGAAGGAAGAGAGAAGACAAGGUGACAAAUGCAAAUCAUAUGAACAAUUGAAAAGAAAGACAAUGACCCGUGCACAAGAUGGUAUCUUAAGGCACAUGCUAAAGAUGAUGGAAGCUUGUGAUGUCCGCGGCUUCAUUUAUGGAAUAGUACCGGAGAAUGGAAAACCAAUGAGUGGUUCUUCGGACAAUCUCCGAGGUUGGUGGAAAGAAAGAGUGAAAUUCGACCGAAACGGCCCUGCUGCGAUUGCAAAGUAUGAAGAGGAAAGUGGAAUUUCAAAAAUGAAGGAAAUGUUGAAUGGUGAUUCACCAACGCCUUACUCAUUGCUCGAACUACCUGAUACAACAUUAGGUUCGCUUUUAUCAUCGCUAAUGCAACAUUGUGAGCCACCGCAGAGAAGGUUUCCGUUGGAGAGAGGAAUUUAUCCUCCGUGGUGGCCAACCGGGAGAGAAUCAUGGUGGAACGAAAUGGGAUUUAGUGAAGAUCCCGGUCCACCUCCGUAUAGAAAGCCGCAUGAUUUGAAGAAAGCUUGGAAGAUUUGUGUUCUGCACGCUGUGAUUAAACAUAUAUCUCCUAAUAUUCAGAAGAUUAAGAAUGUUGUUAGACAUUCGAGGAGUUUACAAGAUAAACUCACGGCUAAGGAAACGUCUAUUUGGGUUGCUGUUAUAAAUUACGAGGAAAAACUUGCUAGAAGGAAGUAUCCUGAUUUGUUCGCAACUCUUAAUUCUAGUGGUACCGGAAGUAACUGUCUUCUUGUUGAGACAAACGAUUAUGAUGUGGAAGGUGUAGAGCGCAAACGCGCAAAACCAAUACCUGCUGUUAACAAUUCAUCAACCUCCAAUGUUUCUGUUGUGCCACCUUAUGAAGUUUCUAACAAGAGAAAAUUUGAACUUGGUAAGAGAAGUACUACUCAUAAUUAUGAGAUUUUUUCUUUGCAAAAAGAUAAGAAUGCAAGUAACAAUCAUCACUUUGGAAGAAAGAACAACAAUCACUUCCAAAUGGCUGGAGUUGGAAGCUCAAAAUAUAAUCAAAUUGGCAAAAAUGACAAGUCUACUGCUGCAGCUGCAGCUGCACCUCUUGAACAAAAUGUGAAAGCUGCUGGUGCAAAUCAGAUCAAUCGUCAUAGAGGUAAUCAUAUUUAUCAGUAUCUUACUAUCACGCAUGGACACCUCUAG